AUUUCAGCUUGCGAAUAAAUUUUUGACAGCAGUUGUCAUCAGCCAGGUUGGAAAAUUAUCCUUUUCGCACAUAAAAUUUGUGAGGAAUUCCAAUAAAUACACUUGAAAAAGAUGUUGUCGCAAUCGAUCCUGUCCAGCGUACGUGUGCUCCGCACUGAGGCACGUCGUAAUAUUGGUAUUAUGGCACCAGCGCUUAACAAGGUCUCAGAUCCCAUCCAGCAGCUCUUCUUGGAUAAAGUGCGUGAAUACAAGAAGCGCAGCAGUGGUGGCAAACUAGUUGAUCCUACUCCCGACACCGAACGCGAGCUGAAGAACGAAUUGGAACGCGUUGCAAAGCAAUACGGUGGUGAUGGUAAAGUCGAUAUGACCAAAUUCCCCGAAUUCAAGUUCCCUGAAGUCAAAAUCGAUUCCAUCACUCAAAACAUUUAGAUUUAGAAAAGGUCAGAGGAAGCUAAUCUUUGAAUGUCAUGCAAAAUGCUGCCCCGACUGGUUGCUGCGGUUGCAUCUUGAUGUUUUCGCGUAUUCUUAUGCGGUAAACAAUUUAAUUCUUUAUGGUUUUAAAACCAAAAAAAUAACACCUAGAAAAA